AUGUCAGCUCAAGACUACUACAGCGGUGGUGGCGGCGGCAGCGGCUACAACCAGCAACAGCAAGGAUAUGGACAGCAGCAGCAGGGCUACGGACAACAAGGUCACGGCCAACAGCAGGGCGGAUACCCUCAACAGCAACAGUACUCUCAAGGCGGUUCCAACUACGGUUCUGAUAACCGCGACCAGUCAUACGGCCAACACCAGGGUGGUCAAUACGGUGGAUCCAAUGCCUACCCCUCCGGUGGUGGUCCCGGUGGUCCCGGAGGCCCUGGUGGCCCCGGCGGUCCUGACGGCGAGCGAGGACUAGGCGCUUCCCUUGCCGGAGGUGGUGCCGCCGGAUGGGCAGCCCACUCCGCCGGUGGUGGUCUCCUCGGCACUCUAGCCAGUGCCGCCGCCGGAGCCAUCGGCGCCAACUUCCUCGAGCACAAGUUCAAGAAGCACAAGAAGGAGAAGAACAGAAAGAACCACCGAGACGGCCGUCCCCGUGCUUUCAGCGGUGACUCGACUAGCAGCAGUGACUCUGACUCUGGUGAUGACCGACGACGACGACGACGAAGCCGCAGCCGAGACAACCGCCGCAACGAUGACCUUGCUUAUGGCAAGUCUCAGUACGACAACUACGGUGGCUCUAGUCACCAUGGAGGCUCUCACCACGGUGGUGGCAGCUCUUAUGGUGGGCAGCAGGGAUAUGGCGGUAGCCAGGGUGGUUACGGUGGCCGAUACUAA